CAAAAAACACGCGCCUCCAAAAGUCGUCCUCUUCCUCCGCCCGCCGACACGGCGCAAAUCCCCCUCCCCCUCAUCAGAGGCCCGGACCGGACCCCGAGCGACGCGCGCCUCCCCUGCUCGUGCGGCUGCUCGCCCGCCUGGCCGCCUCGGAUUCCACGCCGCCGCCGCGAGAUCCCCCGCCGCCGGGAUGGAGAUGCGGACAGUAAAAGUUAGCAACCUUUCAUUAAACGCUGUGAAAAGAGAGAUAACAGAGUUCUUUAGUUUCUCCGGGGAUAUAGAAUAUGUUGAAAUGCAAAGUGAAUCCGAAUGGUCACAGCUUGCUUAUGUCACAUUUAAAGACUCACAGGGAGCAGGCACUGCUGUUCUUCUCUCGGGGGCAACAAUUGUUGAUCGUGCUGUCAUCAUAACUCCAGCUGAGAACUAUCAACAGCCUCCAGAAGCACACAAACAAUUAUCGGGAGCAAGCCCCACUGCUGAAUCUGCAGUCAGGAAGGCAGAAGAUGUUGUCAGCAGCAUGUUGGCCAAGGGCUUCGUCCUAAGCAAGGAUGCUCUCAAUUUAGCAAGAUCCUUUGAUGAGCGUCACAACAUCCUGUCCAAUGCUACAGCCACUGUCGCAUCCAUAGGCCGCCAGUAUGGCCUGAGUGAAAAGAUCAAUCUGGGCCGAACAAUUGUCGGCAGCAAGGUCAAGGAGGUAGAUGAACGUUACCAGGUCUCAGAACUCACUAAGUCUGCUUUGGCCGCUGCUGAGCAGAAAGCCAGUAUUGCAGGCUCUGCUAUCUUGAGUAACCAAUAUGUCUCAGCUGGUGCUUCCUGGUUAACCAGUGCAUUCGGUAUGGUAACUAAGGCGGCAGGUGACAUGACCUCGAUGGCGAAAGACAAGGUAGAGAGGGCUGAGGAGGAGAGAAAAGCCAUCAUGUGGGAGGAGAGGAACGGGCUGGUGAGCGACUAUGCAAAGAUCCACCUCGACGAGCCCUCUUCAUGGGAACCUGCAGUUCUUCCUUUGGAAUCAGUGGAUGAGCAGAAGCUCCAGGCUAUUUGAUUGACGAAAUCAAAUGUUGAUUGCUUCUCACACAUAAUUCGUUUGCUGCUUGUCCUAUAUAUAGAUGAUUCUUUUGGUCGAUGCAUUGAAUCAAACAAAGGGGCUUGUCACCCAUAGUGUCGUGUAAAUUUCGGAGCGUUGUCCUUGUUUUCCUACCAGCUUUGUUAUACUAGACCACUGGAUGUGAAUGGUCUUCUUGCCCCCUUCUACUUACUACAAACUGUAAUACAGCUUCCUUCGUUAGCUUCGGCUUCUAAUGCUGAGUUGAAAUGUGGCAACUAAAUUU